AUGACUACUCUAUCAACAUCCCGCGGUCACCAGGCCCUCGCCAUCAGCACUGUGUUUACAACUAUAGCGACAUUCAUCACUGCCGUCCGUAUAUUUACACGAGCAUUUCUCGUGAAGCAGAUGGGAGCAGACGACUAUGUCAUCCUAGUCUCUCUGGCCUUCUCAUGGAUUUUCUUCGGUCUGAUGGUAGGCGAAGUCUACCACGGCAUGGGCGAACACUAUACCGCCAUCCCGCCCGCAAUCUUCAAGGCUCAGAUGAUCUACUUCUGGGCUUCAGUUCCUAUAUAUCAAACAAGCCUCAUCAGCACAAAGAUGUCAAUCCUUCUCCAAUACAAACGAGUCUUCUCCACACCACGCAUGCGCCGAGCAUGUUGGCUCAUGAUCGGCAUUCUAGGCGCCUACGGAACCUGGACCAUCAUCAGUGCCUGGGCUAACUGUGUUCCUCUCGCCAAGUUCUGGGAUCCAACUGUCCCGGGCUUCUGUUUGGAUAAGAAAGCCUUGUGGUUUUCCAACUCGGCUAUCCACAUCAUUACCGAUAUUGUCAUCCUCAUAUACCCUAUGCCAGUCCUGAAGUCGCUACAAUUGCCCAAGAAGCAAAAGUUCGCUCUCAUGGCUGUUUUCGCGCUAGGUGGAUUCGUCUUGAUCACAAGUAUUCUCCGCCUCAAAUCUCUCCUCAUUAUCGCCAACUCAAACGACCCAACCUACGACAACGUCGGCGCAGCAACCUGGUCCGCCGUGGAGUGCAACGUAGCAAUUAUCUGCGCCUGUCUCCCCGGUACACGCGCCUUCCUCUCCAAGCUCCUGCCACACAUUUUCUCCACCGGAAGCAAUGGCUACCGCAGCAAGACCACGCGGCCUUCGCGAAACGGCCGCAGCACCCUCACGGGCAACAACAACACGCAAGUCCUGGCCUCUGUCGUUGGCGGGCGUGACCAUAGCUCGGCCUACGACCACGAUCUAGAAGAUCUGUCGGCGUCUGACUCCUUCAAUAGCUACACCAAGGAGCCUGUGAAGGAGGUCUUUGCGGGCAUCAAGGUCACGACCAAUGUUACGCAGGAGAGGACCUCGCAUUCGAAGAUUGCUGUUAAUGAUGAUACGGGUAGUACGAAGGAAUUGGUGAAACAUAGCUUUUGA